UUUUAACUUCAAAAAUGGAGUGUGAUAAAGGGUUUUCAAGUAGCUAUAUGAUUCUGAAGCCAGAAGAAUUAAAAUUAUUUGAUCUUAUUAACAUUUUAUUUUCAAAUGAUCUUGAAAAAAGACAAUUUGUUGAUAGUGCUGAGGCAAAAGAAGACGAUUUUCAGCGACGGUGGAUCAUAUUUAUUUCUAUUGUAGCUCAAAAAUUGCUUCAAUUUUUCUCAAAGCCAUUGGCAUUUGUUGGUUCAGUGACUGAGAUGUGGCUUAAUCUGCUGUCUAGUAAUGGACACUUUUUCAAGCUCUUGUUCAAUGUCUUAAGAGGGAAGGUGAUAAUUCCUGAUAAAACAUCAGCAAAUUUCAUUUCUUUUACUGGAAAUUUUGAUAAGAGGAUUGAAUUGGAUACAAACAUUAAACGAGGAGAUGGAAGAUACAAUGCUGCUCUUUCUAUGAUGGCUUCUAAAGCUUCAUAUGAGAACAAGGCUUACAUUGAAACUAUUGUUAAUGAUUAUUGGAAGAUGGCGUUUUUGGGAUUUUAUGACUUCUGGAAUGAUUAUCAAGAUAAAGCAACAACUCAGGCAUUCAUAUUCCGCGACAAAGCCGAAGAACACGAAACAAUUGUUGUAGCAUUUAGAGGAACGGAACCGUUUGAUGCGGAUGCUUGGUGUUCUGAUUUUGACCUUUCAUGGUAUGAAGUGAAAGGAGUAGGAAGGAUUCAUGGAGGUUUCAUGAAAGCUUUAGGGUUACAAAAAAACAUGGGUUGGCCUAAGGAACAAAUUAAUCAAAAUGAUAGUAGAAAGGCCCCAUUGGCCUAUUAUGCAAUUAGAGAAAUUUUGAGGGACUUAAUGUGCAAAAAUGAAAAAGCAAAAUUCAUUUUGACUGGACAUAGUCUUGGUGGGGCAUUAGCAAUUUUAUUUCCUGCAGUUUUAGCACUUCAUGAGGAGAAAAUGUUGUUGGAAAGAUUGGAAGGAGUAUAUACAUUUGGGCAGCCUAGGGUUGGAGAUGAAAGUUUUGGGGUAUAUAUGGAAAAUAAGUUAAAAGAAAAUAAAAUUAAUUAUUACAGAUUUGUUUAUAGUAAUGAUAUGGUGCCUAGGUUACCUUAUGAUGAUUCUGCUCUCAUGUUCAAGCAUUUUGGGACCUGUGUUUACUACAAUAGGCACUAUCAUGCAAAGGUUGUUCCAGAAGAACCAAGCAAGAAUUAUUUCUCUCCACUUCGAACAAUACCCAUGAUGAUAAAUUCAUUUAUGGAGUUAAUUAGAAGCUUCACUAUUUAUCGCAGCAAAGGACAUGAAUACACCGAAGGUUGGUUCAUGAGAGUGUUUAGAAUAAUUGGAUUGGUAAUGCCUGGUAUACCUGCCCAUUGCCCUCAAGAUUAUGUUAACGCGACUCGACUCGGUCCGGCUCAUGUUUUUCUUCCUCCCGAUCAAGAUUCUUGACUCAUAUUUGCUGCAAUUUGAACAGAAAUUCAUAAUGUGUUUACUUGUGUAGGUUGAUUAAUUUCAUUGAUUGAUUUUGUUGUGUAAGUGGGGUUUGAUCAAUUUUGUUGAUG